AUGUCAGGACAAAACAUUCCAGAAGAUGACUCGGAUCCUCAAAUAGUCAUCUUCGAAACCGUGACCCCCUUGUUGUCACGAGACGAGGCAUUGCAAAUCAUCGAAGAUGCUUUCAGAGAAUUUGACACGACUACCGGCAAUCGAGAAGAAUAUGCUGGUCCAGAGAAUACAGAAAGCCCGUUGUCGCUCAACGAGGAAUCGUUUCCCAUGCCUUCCUUGAAUCCGGAUGAUCCCACUCCUCUGGCUGAGCAGCUGAGCAGACUUACAGCUGAGACAAACGACACUCUGAGGAACCGUGAUCCUGAGAUGACACUUGAACAGAGAUCACGGUGUGUCCUGAGUGCUGUACGAUCAGAGCUGGAACAAAGGACAGGCCACAGUGAUUUUAUCCUCGAUUUGAAGAUUGACGACCACCGCGAUCCGGAUUGGGUUCAAGGAGAUUCAAGCUUUGAAGGGGAGGCAAUUACAGAGGGGACGGUCAGUGUGGCUAGACUGGUACCAGUCGAGGAAGGCGACACCGCGAACCCCGCUUCAGAAGAUGAUGAUACUGCUGGUAACGGGCAGUGA